AUGUCCGGCGCAAGGCAUUGGGAACAAGACAAAGAGGCCACUGUGUACAUUGGAAAUCUUGAUGAACGGGCCUCAGACAGCCUAGUAUGGGAGCUAAUGCUACAGGCUGGGCGCAUCGUUAAUGUCCAUCUGCCCAAAGACCGAGUCACACAGCUACACCAAGGGUAUGGUUUUGUCGAGUUCAUCAGCGAGGAGGAUGCGGAAUAUGCGGCAAAGAUCAUGAAUGGGAUCCGUCUAUAUGGAAAACCCAUUCGUGUGAACAAGGCCUCCGCUGACAAACAGAAGACUGUGGACAUUGGGGCUGAGCUUUUCAUCGGUAAUCUUGAUCCAAUGGUUACUGAGCAAGUGCUCUAUGAUACAUUCAACCGGUUUGGCAAUCUUGUCAAUCUACCUAAAAUUGCUCGUGAUGACAACAAUCUCUCUAAGGGAUAUGGCUUUGUUUCAUUCGCCGACUUUGAAUCCUCAGAUGCAGCUAUCUCUAACAUGAAUGGCCAGUACCUGAUGAACAAACAGGUCUCAGUACAGUACGCAUACAAGAAAGAUGGCAAAGGAGAGAGACAUGGUGAUGAAGCAGAACGCAUGCUGGCAGCUCAGGCUCGCAAGCAUAAUGUACAGCCACCAACCCAGCAAACUUUGCAGUUCCCUGGUGCUGGCCAGGGUGUAUCAGCAACCCCGGCUGUCAUGUCGAAUGGCGACGGCUCUCGACAUUUGAGCGCAGCACUAUCACAAACGCCGGACCUAGCCAUGAGUCGGGGUAUGCCACCAGCCAUGUCAUACCACAAUGUUCCCCCACCAAACCGACAUAUUGCAAACCCCGUCCCUUCACUCAAUACCCCACCACCUGGGCUUCCAGCCCGACCCCCGCCUUCCCAAGCUGGUUAUGGGGGCCCGCAAUCUUUCUUGCCACCUGGAUUUAAUGGUGCAGGCCAGGCGCCUUUCGUCCCACAAGGUGCACCUCCUCCUAGCUUUGGACCACCUGGAUUUGGACCUCCAGCUGGAGCUCCUUCAAUGCCACCAGGCUUUCAGCAACCCGGAUAUGGAAAUUCUCGGUGA